AUGCCUCCGGAACCCUCUUCUUCCGUGUCCAGCUCGUCGCGAGCGACCACGCGUGCUGACAGACCGGACGCGGAGUUCCACUACUUCCCCAGACUCCCUGUUGAGCUGCAGCUCAUGAUUUGGGGUUUCUAUCGAGGGUCGAAAGCUAUCCGCCACUCCUUCUCCAUAAAGAACGGCCAACGGGUCUACGCGGCAUUUGAUGAGGAGAAGGGAAAGAUUGUUAGCAUCCGUGCGAAGCGAGGCGAUUCCAGCAUUGUUCCAGGAGUGCAGAAUAUUCGGUUGACUGGUAAAGUCUGCUUCGAGACGAGAGAUUGGGCCAUAAAAACGCUGUGGAAGCCGGCUUCGUGGGUUGAACACGAGAGACGCGACACUUCUGCGGCUGGCGUGCUUGCAGACUUUGAGCACGAUGUGUUCUAUUCCGACCUUAUCAGUUUCAUCAGGCGAUCUCGUAACCCGCCUGGCUGGUUUCGCUUCGUGCGUAACCCUAUCAGCCAAAGCAAUCUCACAAAACUGAAGGGCGACCGCUGGGUCCUCAAGGUGGAGAAGUUGGCGCUGCCUCUGUGGUGCCAUGGACCUUCGCCGGAUCAAGCCGAUGAGUUUGAUAUGAAGGUUCUCACGCGCAUGACGUCAUUGAAAACUGUCAUGUUUGUCUUUGGGGGUUGUGAAUUGACUACGAUCGGGGGAGGGCACGGAUUUGAGCUGUUCAGGGCAGCCCGAAGCGGAUGCUCGCCGCUCAACAACAAGGUCUAUAACGCAGUUAUUGAAGCGCUUGGUGCUCGGGCGAAAGAUAUCGAUUUACAGUAUGUUGUAGAUCGGGCCGACCCACCGGGCCAGAUACAACAGCCCCGAGCGUGGCGCUGA